ACAAAAUACGACCUUUCAAUUGAUAAAUUAAGUUGCUUCAAACAUCAAAACAAAACGCUUUCAAUUGCACUUCCCGUUGUAAUUACAGUCAUUAUAAUGAUAGUAUUAAUAAUCACUAUAUUUGUGGUGUGUCUCUUUUACAAAUCACACAAAUCAAAGAAAAUACUUCAAAAGACCACAUGCGAAUUUUCAAUGAAAAAGUCGAACAUUAACUUUAUUGAAUAUUCCCCAGGAGUCACGUUGAACAAAACAUCACUUGACUUCUCUGUUGACUUUGAUACAAUUUGUUCACUUCCAAUUGACAAACCAAGUCGUGACCUCCUCUGUGUUGGAAACAACUCGAAACACACUGUGAAAGUCCAACUUACAUACAAAACGACAAGUGAAAAAUACACCAUCAGGGUAACUCCAUCUCUUGCAACACUGUCAUCUGGGAAAGCUGUUGAAUUUGAAAUAUUUGUAACACCUCUUUGCACAUGUAGCAUAAGCGAAACCAUUGCAAUUGUCCUUCUUAAUAUGUCGAAGGGUGAGCAGAUGUCCCUCAAUUUUCCCAUUAAGUUUGAGAGUGAGAAGUCGAGUCACCUUGAUGCCGAAGAAGUUAUUUGUGAAAAGAAGAUAGGUGAAGGCUCCUUCGGUGUUGUUUACAUUGGGAAUUACAUUGGAAACAAAGUAGCAAUUAAAAAGAUGAAAGAAGUCGAACACAAUGAAGAGUCAAUGGAAGAAUUUGAAAAGGAAGUUCAGAUGUUAGACAAAUUCAGAAGUGAAUUUGUCGUUCACUUCUAUGGCGCUGUCUUUGCACGUAAUAAAGUGUGUAUGGUCACCGAAUUUGCGACGUAUGGAAGUCUUCAAGACUUGAUGAAACACAAAACUUCGAAUGAAAUUGACAUGAAAUUAAGAGUGAAAAUUUGUCUUGACGCUGCUAAAGGAAUAUCGUAUUUACACGAAAAUGGAAUACUACACAGAGACAUCAAACCAGACAACAUUUUAGUCUUUUCAUUGGAGACUAUUGAAAAGGUUAAUGCUAAAUUGACUGAUUUUGGAAGUAGUAGAAACGUCAACUUGUUGAUGACUAACAUGACAUUCACUAAAGGUAUUGGAACACCGACUUAUAUGGCACCUGAAGUGUUGAAAAAAGAAAAGUACAAGAUGAGUGCUGACAUCUUUUCAUUUGGAGUAACAAUAUACGAGUGUGUUGGGUGGUGUGAGGCGUACCCAAAAGAUGAAUUCAAAUUUCCAUGGAAAAUAGCUGAGUUCGUUAUUUCUGGAAAGCGUGUGAACAAAAAUCCAUCAAUGAGUGAUAACAUUUUCAACAUCAUCUCUGAAUGUUGGAAACAGGAUAUGAACAAUCGUCCAAAAAUAGAAGACGUUGUUCACACUUUAGAAGUGUGUUAA